UCUUCGCGGAAUAUUACAGUCCGGUAUAUGAUUUCCGGUGCUAUGGCGACUACCAGCACCCACUCAUUCGGCUGGUCAUAGUGAGUUAUGUGUACGUGUAAGGCAAGUUCUUGUAGCGCGGAAAUAUGAAAUACUUUCCUUGUCCAGUUCUUUUGCAGCCCUGUCGGGAGCAUGUUGAACUGGAAAAUCUGUGAGGAGAGCACAGUUGAAUGCAGGAAGAGGCCAAGAAGGAAAAGCUGCUACUGACCAAUCAACUAGAGAUGGAAAAGAUGAAAGUGGAGCAAGAGAAGAAAUGCUACUUAGCACAAGAAGCACUGAAGGAAAAGGAGCGCAAAGCUAUGGCCCAUUCUGUGGGAGAGCCCCCAGCUUCUUCCACACCCUCCCUGUCCAUCCACACCAGCUCCAUCAGUGGGGUGGACAACACUGGUCUACAUACUUCUGUUCUUUCCCAGGAUGACUCUUUAGACCACUCAAUGGGUACCAUGACCACGUCUUUAUCAAUGAGUGGGACCAAUCUCUAUGAGGCUGCCAGACUGUCUGGAGGCUCCAGCAUCAUAGAAAACCUCCAGUCUCAGCUUAAGCUCAGAGGAGAGAUAGUGCACCUACAGCUUGAAAUCUCUAGUCUGGAGAGGAGUCGCUCUGUGAUUGCGGAAGAGCUGGUUCGACUCACCAAUCAAAAUGAUGACAUGGAGGACAAGGUGAAGGAGAUCCCUAAACUGAAAAUUCAGCUCAAGGAUCUGGAGCAGAGGCACAACACCAUCCUGCAGAUGUAUGGAGAAAAGGCUGAGGAGGCUGAGGAGCUGAGAUUGGACCUUGAAGAUGUAAAGAACAUGUACAAAAUGCAGAUCGAUGAACUGCUGCAGAACCAGAAAUAAACUGUUUUUGCUGCAUUGUGUUACAGAUCAGUUGAACAUCUUAUAGUCACCCAUGCAUUCACAC